AUGGACUUUCUUAAGGAAGUCGCUGACGUCGGUCGGCGCGGUGUCGUUGAUGCUCUACAAAGCGCAGCCAUCAAUCGCGACGCUCCGCUCUCUCCUGAAGUACCCGACGCCCUUCGAGCAUUCAUGCCUGACCUGUUCGACCGUUUCCCUAUAGUCUUCCCAUGGACCCGACCAGAGGCUAUUGAUCCUGCGCUGCACACAGUAUGGCUCCUCGACAAUACAGCCUUCCGCACACCUCAACCCGGAGAUCGCAGGCCUGAUCUGGGCGAACUCAUCAGCUCAAGGCAUGCCAAGCCAGAGAGGGUCGGCGAAGAUGGCAAACCACAUUCUGUCCGUGGCGGCAGUGGGUGGGAGGUCGAGUUCGUAGCGUGCUACUUUGUGAAGAACUCUGGCAGGGACCUCUCCAAAGUCGUCGGUGGCAUUGCGCACGAGCUCCAAAUCUCUGAUGAUGAUAUUGCUACCAAGAAGCGUAUUUCCGAGAGAGUGCAGCCCUUCGUGGAUACUAUCCUACCAAAGCGGACUGUGAGGAUCGCUAUCGAUGGCAAGGAACUGCAAACGCUUGGUCCGAGUGGAUACAGUGGAAUCAGCUCCAAUCUACAUCAGCUGCAUUUCCAGCCACCAACGCAGCCAUUCCAGUCCAGUGUCGUCAAUCUGCCGCCUCCAUUUGGUCUGCCUGCAACAACCAUCGCUGCUGAGGAACGUGGCUGGGGUAUCAUCUCAGACGUUGACGACACCAUCAAAAUCACCCAAACCCCCUCCCCUCUCGGCAUCCUCCACAGCACCUUCGUCGUCGAAGACCCAAACCCAGUCCCCGGCAUGCCAGCCCUCUACGCCCACAUCCAGUCCACCCUCCAAACCCCACCCUUCUUCUACCUCUCCGCCUCCCCCUACAACCUCUACCCCUUCCUCCGCCAAUUCCGCGAAGCGCACUAUCCACAAGGCACUAUCAUCCUCCGCGACGCAUCCUGGCAGAAUCUCGGCGGCCUCAUCGCCUCCCUCACCCAGGGCACCGAGCAGUACAAAGUCGACCGCAUCAAGAAAAUCCACUCCUGGUUCCCGCAUCGCCGCUUCGUUUGUAUUGGAGACUCCACCCAGGCGGACCCGGAGAGUUAUGGCGAGAUUGCGAGGAAGUUCCCCGGCUGGGUUAAGGCAAUUUAUAUCAGGAAAGUAACGGGGAUCGCGGAGAUGGACGAGCAGAAGAAGAAUUCGGAUGAGAGGUUCGAGGAGGCUUUCAAGGGGCUUGAUCGCAGUUUGUGGCAUGUUUUCACGGAGCCGGCGGAGUUGGCGGAGAGGAUUGAUAUGUUGGCGACGCAGAGUGUGCAGUGA